AUGGGAAUGUAUAAAGUUUGCUCAAUCUAUGCUUCAACUCCCAAUGGUGGUAUUGGGAAUGAAGGUAAAUUGCCCUGGAAGACGCUACCACGCGAUUUAAAGCACUUACAAGAUAUUACAACGGCAUAUGGCCCUGAUCACUCCGUUCAGAAUGUGGUCAUAAUGGGCAGAAAGACGUAUAUCUCAAUCCCUAAAUCGUCACGGCCUCUGAAAGAUAGAAUAAACAUAGUACUAUCUAGUUCUGUGAGUGAUUUUGGAGAUGGAGUUAUAGCGGCUAAGUCUAUGCAGGAUGCAUUUGAUAAGCUAGAGAAAAUGAAGUUUAACAAGAUUUUUAUUAUAGGUGGAUCUAGUGUGUAUAAGGAGGCUUAUGACCUUGGAAUAGUUGAAAAAGUAUAUGUUACAAGGGUAAAUAAGGAAUUACCGGCUGAUACAUUUGUUACUAGUGUGCCUCCAAUCUUCGAAAUUGUAGGCAUUAGCAGGACUUUUUCUUAUAACGAUAUACCAUUUGACUUCAUAAUAUACAUGUUAAAGGAUUCUCGGGCAACCUCUAAUGUAUGCGUGGAUAUUGAUGAUUACUUGCUGACUGAACAUGAGAUUAGGGACUUUAAAUAUCAGUUUAAGGCAUUGCCCAAUGUGACUAUUAGGAAACAUGAAGAGAUUCAGUAUUUAGAUAUUAUUGCCGAUAUUUUGAGUAGUGGAAGCGAAAAUGACGAUAGAACAGGCGUGGGAGUUCUUAGUAAAUUUGGAUACAAAAUGGAAUUUAACCUCGAUGAAUCGUUUCCCCUUCUUACAACCAAAAAAGUUUUUUUCAAAGGAAUUGUAGAAGAACUACUAUGGUUCAUAAAGGGCGAUACCUCUGGAAAAAUAUUGCUAGAAAAGGGAGUUAGGAUUUGGGAAAAGAAUGGUACUAGAGAAUUUUUGGAUAGUGUGGGUCUGAAUGAACGAAAGGAACACGAUCUAGGUCCCAUAUACGGCUUCCAAUGGAGACAUUUUGGGGCUGAAUAUAAAGAUUGCGAUACAAAUUACACUGGUCAAGGCAUAGAUCAAUUAAUGGAAGCGAUAGAUAAGAUUAAAAAUGAUCCAAACAGCAGGAGGAUAAUUGUAUGCUCGUGGAAUGUCAACGAUUUGAGCAAAAUGGCACUCCCCCCUUGCCACUGUUUGUUCCAAUUCUAUGUGAGCCAGGGGAGACUUAGUUGCAUAAUGUAUCAAAGAUCAGCUGACGUGGGCCUUGGGGUCCCAUUUAAUAUAGCCUCUUAUUCUUUACUGACAUUGAUGAUAGCACAAGUAUGUGCACUGAGACCUGGCAAAUUUGUACAUGUUUUGGGCAACGCGCACAUUUAUAAAACUCACAUAACAGCGCUGACUAAGCAAAUCCAAAGAAUUCCAUAUCCUUUUCCAAUUCUUAAGUUAAACGCGCAGGUGAAGCGCAUAGAAGAUUUUGUACCAAGUGACAUAAAUCUAUUGUGUUAUACAUGCCAUCCCACAAUAAAAAUGGAUAUGGCUGCGUAG